AUGUCUAAGAAUAAUUUCGUAAUUGCUGAAGAUUCGGAAAGAGAAGUCAUUUCUGUUUUGAUUUUAAAGAGCAAAUUUUAUGAUGAUAUGACUGAGGCAUAUAAAGAAUGGCUUCUUAAUGAAAAGAAUAACAUCGUAAAGAUAGUACAAGAAAGAGAACUUGAAAGAAGACUUAUUGCAGAAGAAUGUAUAAAAAAUAUUAAUUCCUUGAGGCAAACAUUUGGAUUCUAUCCUAUUGAAUUAGGAGAUCAAAGCAUCAAGGUCAGGCCUUCAGAAAAAGAGGAUGUUUUUGAGAAUAAAGAAGAAAUUUAUGGGUAUGAUCUGCGCCUAUCUAUCAAAAACGAUACUUUUGCGUCGCCUACCCGA